AUGCUUAGAUCUUCCCUCAGACUCAUUCCCAGAGCUCCCUGCCUUCUCAGAGCAUCGGCAAUCGCAAGACCUGCUCUCGCCAAGCGUAUUCCCGUUUUCCCCGCCAAAAUCCGUCCAUAUUCCAUCUCUACAAGUGGAGAAAACGUUUCAAGAAUCAUCGAUGACAUUUCUGAUAACGAAUACGCCAAACUCUCCAAUGUGUACCUCGAGCUGUUGUGUGACGAGUUGGAGCAGCUUUCUGAAGACUACCCGCAGGUUGACGCUGAGCUUAACCAUGGAGUGAUGACGUUAUCUGUAGCUCCAGGCAAAACGUAUGUUAUCAAUAAACAGCCGCCAAAUAAGCAGAUCUGGUUGAGCAGUCCUGUGAGUGGGCCUAAACGGUACGAUUUGAUUGGAGGAAAGUGGACGACGUUGAGAGAUGGCAGUGAGUUGACGGUCUUGUUGGAUAAAGAGUUGAGCGACGAGUUGGGCACGGAAGUGUCUUUGAACGUGGAGGAGUAG